AUGUACUAUAGAGAUAGGAGAGCAUCAUCCUAUUAGAAACCUAAAGUGGGUUAAGAUAAUUUAAAAAAUCAGCUGGAUUUAUUAGAUAAAUUUAUGAAACCAACCUAUGAUGUCUAAUUGCCCCAUGAACCUAGUCAAAAAAGUGGAAUUAGAUAAUCUGGACAAUUGAAUAAAUCUUUUUAGUUUCCUAAAGUGUCAACAUAAAUAGAAGACUCAGUUAAUGAAGAAGUAGCAUAGAUGUAGCUAGCAAUAGAUUAAUAAAACUAGACUCUAAAGAAAUUAUUGAAAGAAUAAAGAGAAGUAAGAUUAUAAAUGGAUAAUAAAGAUUAAUAAAGCUUAAGUUUUUAAAUAAGAAGUAGAGAAUUUAAAAAAUCAAGUUCAAACCAUCCAUCUCAAAUUGCCAAAAUUGCCUCAAUAUGAACAAUUAAAUGAAAUAAAACAAGAAAUCGCAUCAUUAAGAUAAUCCUUUUUCUAAUAAGCUUAACAAUUGUAAUAGCCAAUUAUUCAACCUCCAUAGAUUAUUUAUUAACAAAUGCCUUAACCAUUGCAAUAACCUCAGUAUUUUCCACCUCCUUAUCCAUAUUAUCCUCCACCUUAUGGAUAAUAACCUCCUCCUUAUGGAUAACAACCUCCUCCAUACCCACUUUAAUAAUAAUAUUAAUAACCCUUUUAGUAUAAUCCUUAUCAAUCUCCAUAUUACCCACAACCUUAGCCAUAACCUCAAGAUGGCUAAAUAAAUUAAUAAAAUCCUUAAUCCAUAGGGAAAAUAAAAACUGUCGGUUCAUAAGGUUAAAAUUCAAGAAGAUCUAGUUAAAAGACUAUCCCAUUAAUCUCAAAGAGGUCCAUUUAAUAAACUAAAUAAAGUUUUUUCUCUGAUGUAUUAUAAAUUUAUAUAAUUAUAGAAUGGUGACAAGAAAGUGCCAUUUUAGGGUUCAAGACUGAAAGUAAUUUUGAAUGCUGUACGAUAUGCUAUGAGAUGGAAGAUAUAUUGUAAACCUUUAAAUAUUUUAUGGAGAAAAUUAUAUAAACAUUCAGUUGAGUGUAAAGCAGUAAUCUAAAAAAUUUCAUAUCCAGUUGCUUUAAAACGUAUUAAUGAUUGGUGCAAAAUGGUUUUAGCAAAAGUUGAAAAUUAUUUAACUAAAAUAAAAGAAAUAGAUUUCAUUGUAUAAUUGUUUUUUAUCAAAAGAAUCCAGAAAAACCAUUGACAGAAUAAGAAAUAGAUUAAUCAUAUAUGUAAUUAACUAAUGCUAUGAAAUAUCUAAUGACUAGUUUAGUUACUUAUUGUACAAAUGAUUUUAUGAUACCAGAAUUGAAAUUUUUAUCAUAUCUAUAGUUUUUUGAUUAGCCAGAAAUAGAUAGAGGAUUAUUUGUAGCCAGAAGAGUAUUAUUUUGGAAAGAAAAAUAAUUAGAUAUGACAAAAACAUAAUAGAUGAUGAUUGUAGGAGAUCUUGUUAUAUUAGUACAUAUUCUACCUGCUUUGAUGGAAAUUCCAGGAUAAAUAUUUUUAAUUAAAUGUAUGGUAUCUCUUGUUUAAAUUCAUUUUAUGAAAUAUUUUGAUUUAAGAGUACUAAAUCGAAAUCCAGAAUAUAGAAUUAUUUAAUUAAAUUUGGUGGAUGUUGUUGAUUCAAAAAUAGUUAUGAGAUUAGAAAAACUAGAAAAGUUUGAUGAUGAAAGAUAUAUUGUAGGUGUAUAUGAGGAAAGUCAAUUUUAAGGAUUUUAUGCUAAAAGACCUCAUUUUCAAGAUGAUAUGCAAAAAGCUUUAUUUUAAAUACAUACUAAUUUAUUAUAAGCAUUAGCUGCUAAAUGA